UGACGAAUGACAUUGAGUUUGACAUGACGGAUAUGCACCACCCGUGAUUGUUUUAUUUCAUGAAUUGUUUAUUUAGUGAAUCGUGUAGCUCAACGAAUAAUUUAUUAUCCAUAUCGAACUAUAAAUUGAAGUUGAUUAACUUAUCUAUAAUCAACACAUGUGAUGACGUUUAUUCUCAAAGUGAUAACUUAAUUUUACGACUGUAUUAAAGUGGAGACAAUAAGAAAAUCCGUGAUCCAGUGACCGUUUCAAAACAUUUUGCGACGGAUGGUCAUCCCAUCUGUGUAAACUAAAUCAUCAAGCAUUUACCUCAAAGUACAAAAUGGACAUAGUACAACCACGUCAUCGGGACGCGAUGAACAACGAAAUAUCGUCAACGUCAAGCGAAGACAACACUCCGAACAUAAAAAUAAACAACUUCUACAAGAAACGUUACUCCGAAACAGUCUCAGAUAAUGAAAUAGAAAGCCGCAGAAGUAUACCAAACAGAUCCCAUUACAAAAGCAUGGGGAAUAUCAACGAACCGUAUAGAAACUACAGGAAUGGCAAUAGAGUUCAAAAUAGCAUAAGUAAUAUAGAUUUGAGUCUUCACAGUCAGGAAAUAAAGAAGUUUGAUACGCUACAGAUACCCAUAGUUGGUUAUGAGGUCAUGGAAGAGAGAGCCAGGUUCACGAUAUACAAAUUGAAGGUGGAAGACGACAAACGCGAUCAGUCUUGGCUUGUUUUUCGAAGGUACACGGAUUUUGUGAGGCUCUAUUCAAGAAUUAAAGCAGAGCAACCGAAUAUAAACCUUCCUUUGCCAGGAAAAAGGUGGUUUAGAGAUAAUUUCGAGCCAGCGUUCCUAGAAGAACGAGUGCGCGGCCUCCAAACAUUUAUCAAUGCUGUGUUAAAUAAACUUCCCAACCAUCCAGUAGUGAGAGAAUUCUUCUGCUUCGACGAGCCUCCUCAAGUCUUCAGCUAUCAGCCAGAGGUCCAAGCUGUCUACGGGGCCCUGGAGGACUCGAUAACGACCUUAAAAAUGCAGCUAAAGCAAAAGGAUGCCACGAUAAUGCAUUUGCAAAAGAGAGUAGCGCAAUUGGAGAGUUUGACUAGUAACUGUUCGAACUGCAGUUCUAAAAUAAAUAGUGUUUCAAUGUGAUGUGUGGCCGUUGAGGAUUUGAAAGCAUCUUAGGAAAGAGACGGCUAUACUGAAAUGUUGGUAUGUCAUCCUUAGAGAAAAGAGACAGGUAUAGUUUCGGUUUCUUUUAUAUAUGAAGGAAGUCAUUGUCGUAUUUAAAAGUUGAAGGGAAUUCGGAAGGUCCGUUUCUUCAUUAAAUAUUUGAGACAGUGGCAGCUAUUUGGUCUAAUGAGAUUUUGGCUGGAUAUAUUUCUGUCUCUUUUUCGCACGAAUGGAGUGUUCUUACUGAAAAGCAAUAAAAGAACUCAUAAGCUCUCUUUCUUUUUCAGAAUCGUUAGAAAGAGACAGCUAUGUUUUGUGAUGCAUUGAAUUGUUUUUUGUUUACUAUUCUAUCUCUUUCUUUAUUUAUAAAGAAUUGAGGAAGAGACUAUCUUUUGUAAAUUGAUAACUUUUUUAUUCAGUAAGUUUUUCAUCUCAUUCUUUCUCCUUUUACUUGUUUAUUAAUUGGAGGUAAGAAUGGUUGAUGCAACUUUCACUUAGGUAUAAUUUUGAAUGAAGAUAUGUACGUGUGAGAUUUUAAUUAAUAUGAAAAAAUGUCUCAUAGCUGUGUUGGAGAUGAUUUGCUUUUUGAUUCUUCCUUACGAAAAGGCAAAGCCAUACAGCCUAAGGUUGGAGUUCAGUCCUUAAUGGGUACAAUCAAUUUGGCAGAUAUCUCAAAAGUGGCCUUUAUUGCCGGUUUGGCAAAUUAACUCCGAAGCCUUGAUGUAAAUGGCGUCCAGAAGCGAAGUUACAUUUUACAUUUUUUUUCAUCCGGAUAUAUUAGGUGCAGUGGGGUCACUGCCGUUUGAAGUAUAAGCAUUUGCUGGUGGUAGGAUAUAUUUUAUAUUCGCCCGGAUAGCGACCACCGUACACAAGGUGUUAAAACCUGCCAUAGUGGACGUAAGUGUCGCGUUCCGAGACCAGCCUGUGUAUAUCCGGUUCUAACUGGCAUAAUUGUGUCGAUUGUUGAGAGGUAACCAUCUCUCGUCAGUCGACAUUCUAUUGGACCACUCCACUUACCAUCAGGUACAGUGAAGUCACUUUGGCGUGCUAUAAAACAUAUUUUUCACAAACAGCUUCACAAUCUUUCACAAUACUUAUUAAGGAGAUUCUUCAUAUGGUAAGAUGGUUGUAUUUACAACGUAAUAGUGUUCAAUUUAUAUUUAUAAAUUAAUAUCGUAAUGGCCCUAAGUUAUAUGUAAUCUGUGAUUGUCAUUUAUAAUAUGUAAUACAACCCAUUGCUGUAUCGAAAAAAGAUAUAUAUGUCAUGAAAAUAGGUAAUGAUAAUGUGGAUGUAAAGUACAAAUUGUAUAUAAAUCGAUUCUUUAAUCGAUUAUAUACAUUGUUAUUAUGAAGAGCCGAUUUAUGAACAUCGAUAUUUCAAUAAAAUAAGAUAUCUGUCUAAAUCGAUUUCAGGUAACGAUGUAUCGAUUUAUGGAAUGAUAUAGCAAUGGGAUUAAAUUACGCAUUGUAUAAAAUAAGUUAAUGUUAAUAAAUAUUUAAUUGUAAUAAUGAAAAUAAUUUCUCUAUUCAGGUAACUAUAUUAACAAGUCAAUUGUUAACACAUUCAAUAAUAAUUAUUAAUUUGUAUGUAAUUGUAUUGAGUUUUAGAUUGUUAAUCUCUUUCGCCGCGCUGGUUCCGGCAAUAUGUAAGGUGAUAUCAAAAUUAUUGUAUUUACAAAGUAAGAUAGUAUUUUUGGGGACCAAUUGAAAUCGAUGUAAACACUUCAAUAACUUGAUGUUUAGGCCUUAAUUUGCGUUUCUCAGUGUUUAUAUUGAAACAGGGUAAUAAAAUAUGUAUACAGGAGCUCUCAAAAUUAUUUUUAAUCGUAUGUUAUUCACGUAUUUUGAAAUUAAAUAAUACACACAUUGAUACAAUUUGUUAUAUACGAGAAUAGUAUAUAUAUUUUUUUAAAUAAUCGAUUAUAAAAUCGAUGGAACAUUGAAUCGAUUUAACAAAAUUACAGUGUGAUGUAAUCGAUAGAGUUAAUCGAUUAUUGUUGUCCAAGUUAAAGAGCAAGAACACGUCUGCUGCUAUAUAUUGACAUCUAUUAAUGUGAGAUUUUAAAAGUACGAUUUUUCUCAUGUAUGUGUAUUAUACAGGGUUAUAUUGAUAUUGUGUUAAUAAAUUAAAUCACGUAUUUGUUUUGAAAACAAAACUACCAUAAGUUACGAUAGAUAUAAAAAAUAAAAUAAGUUUCAAACAAAUAUUGACGGUUCCAAGGCUAAUUGACUUAAGCAUAAUUUUUUUUUACUAUUUUAAAACAAAAUAGACAAAAGUGCUGAUAUUAAAUAUGUAUGACACUUGUGUCGCAAAAAAAAGUCGCUUAAAACAAUUAGCCUUUCAACCGACGAUAUUAGUAAAAUAUAAUUUUAAUUGAAACGUCAAUAAUACUGCACGAAGAGACUAAGAGCGACAUCAUACUAUCAGUCAAUACUUUUACAUCAUAUUCGCUUUAAUUACUAUGUCCAACCUAUAGUGGAUGAUUCUCAUAUUAUCAGAAUAUAAACGUCUCCUGGGCGUUAUGUAGCAAAGAAACUACCUUGUAACACUGUAAGAAACUCCACGUUUCUCAAGUAUAUGCAAAUUUCAUCUUGAUAGAAACAUCUUAAGUGUGAACAUAUGUAUCAUAAUCGGAAAACUAAAAAUGGCAUUAUCUGCGAAAAUAUUUUUUAUUCAUUGAUUAUUUUUGACUCAAUUUUAUUAGAGGAAAAGAUGAGUAUGUGGUUUCAUUUAUUAACGCAAUGUCAAAAUGACAUGUGAAUUUGAAAGUGAGUCUAAAAGUUGCGUAGGACGUAUAAGCAAUAUUCUAAUGUAGUUUGUGAAAAAGAGACUCCUUGCGAAAAAUGUUUAAUGUGUUUUUUCACAAAUGAAUAAUCAUAAACUGUAGGAGCGAUCGUGAUUUGCAAGCUGUAUUCUUUUUUCCUGUUAUCUCUUUUACACAUUGGCCAAUAUGUGUGCCAACUAUGAGUAAAUAUGUGUGCCAAUCCUUGGCCAACAUGUGGACGCGGCAGCCAUCUUGUUAAUAUCGUUUGUCGAAAAACCGACCCAAAACAGAUCUUGCGUUAACCUGUGGAUGCACUUAAACACCCUAGUGACUGCUAAUUCUCUUUCUUCAUUUCUUCUGUGUAUAUGGGCGCAUUCAAAUUCCUUAGUGACUGCGAAUUGCCCUUCUACCUUUCUACUGUGCACAUCCGGUUCCAACAGGCCGGCAUAAUUGUGUCGACUGUCGAGGGAUAAUCGUCGCUCGGUCCAAAUUCUAUUGGACCACUUUAUUUACCAUCAGGUGCAGUGCGGUCACUGCUGUUGCAUGUAUAAAAAAACAUGUUGGCCUCGCGUAUUGGUCAUAUUGGCACAUAUAUUGGCCAAAUUGCAGAGGAGCUGAAAGAUUAGUGUAAUUUUCGAAGUCUUUUGUUAUUCAAUAGGUGCUAAGUAUCAUUUGUAUGCAUUUAAUGUGAAUAUUUGUACAAAAUGACAUCAAUUGUUAAUAGUUCAAACUUGUUAUAAACAUAAGAUGUAAGCGGAUUUAGAAUAUAUAGUUUUGGUGUUAUAUUUCUCUGGCUCAGUAUUACAAGUUUUUGUUAUAUGUGAUUUGCAAUUUGAUAAAUAACAUAUCAAAGUCUUUGUACGGUGAAAAUUUUCAAUAAACCCGGAGUUAAAUAAAGAGGGAACCAUCUCUUUUCUAAUUUUUGCCAAUAUAUUUUUAAUCUCAUAAAAAUUAACAUAGGAUCUUGGGAUAUUGAGCCAGCGAUUUGUUUUAAUUAUUGAGAAUGAAUAACCAUUGUGAGGGUGUGUUUCCAUUGGUAGCUAAGCUGUAGGAUGCAAAGUGAAUUAAUUUUACCUUUUCGAACAGGGGCCUUAUUCUGUAUGGCAGUUUAAGCUGGUAACACAGUCGUGUUAUCUUUGUGAAAUAGCGUGGAAUCGUAUUCUGCAUGCAGUAGCCUAGUUUGGCAUAGAGGAGCCCUAUAUUAAGUUGUUGGGGGCUCUUAAGAGCAGUGCGAACUUUGGGCGCCUGCUUAGUUUAAUGUAGGUAUGGGCCAAGAGGGACCCCAAAGCUCGGGGGCCCCGUAUCAUUGAUACGGCUGAUACACGGGUAGCUACGCCCUGUCUAUGCCAAUUUCUAUCUUAAAGGCAAGAUAGAUUCAUUAGAUAUAUUUUCCUAGCGCGUCGCUUAGCAUCCACAUCCAUGGACGCACUCUGUAUUAAACAUUAUCAAUUUAAAAAAUGAAUUGUCCAAUGAAACUUCGUCGUUAAUUUGUUUUAAGGCAUUGUAUAUAAGUAAUAGUGCCUUAUUAAGAUAAGGUGAGCAUUAACAGCAGUUUUCAUUGACCGAUCCCAAUCUCAAUCCGAUUUCGAGAAUCCAAAAUAACUCAUUUCAACGGCACCUAAGUAACUAUCGCAUCUGAAAAAAUUGCGACAUUCACAUUUUAGCGUUUCGCUAUCUAGGUACUUUACCUAUGCCCGAUGUGAUGAGCCUAUCAUCACAUCGGGCGUACAUUCUUCAAGACUCCCUUCAAGACUCCGGCCCGAUCCUAAGAAGAAAAAUUCAAUAUCAAUAUCACUUUGGCCAACCCGGAGAUAUUUCACGGGGUAGACUAAAAAGGCUUUGAAUAUAUUUGAAUAUUAAAAUAGUUUGUUUAUAAUAUUUUAUAAUGCUAGCGAGCGUGGCGUUUGUCGUCCACCUUUAACAUGGUUACCCUUCCUAAUGAACGUUGCAGGACGUCACUGGGUGCCUUCUGUUUCUAAAACGUUGAUCUGAAAAUCUUUGGGUAACCUUUGGUGAUGGUGAUAUUUGGGAUACAGUAUAUAUACUUUACUACCAAACCCAUUUAAUUCAAAAGAUAAUAAACGAAAAAACACUCAUUAAAAAUCAUUUACAAACUUUUUUAUAAUGGGUUUUGGCAGGAAACAAUACCUACAUAACGAAACGUUAAAAAAGUGAAUAUCGCUAUUUUCUCAGAUACAAUAGUUUACUUAGGAACCAUCGAUUUGUAAUAUCAAUAAUUUGCUCUAUUUUCGAGAUCGAAAAAAGCGAUUUGGAUCGUUCUUUGGAAAUGGCGGUUAGUGUCUAUUAUUGGAGGUUAAAUCCUUUUUAAGUUUAGAAGAGAACUAGGGUCAGGUUAAACAUACUCUGCUCCCCGCCGAUUGUACGAAAUGUGGGAGUCUCAAGACGUUUCGCAAUGUAGUUUUUUGCAAUUCAAACGGUUGUAAGGUUUAUUGAUUUGUGGCUGAAUUAUAUUAACUAUCUUAAUCGCUAUCGUCGGUUUUGAUCAAUAUACAGUAGGAACCGGUUAUAACGAUUCCGGUUAAAGCGCCGUAUCGGUUAUAGCGACUAAAUUGGUGCCUUUAAAUAAAUGAAUAUUAAAAAAGUGUCAAUUUUAGCGCCCAGAUUCGGUGGUAACUUCAAUGUCGCUAACCGGUUUUUACUGUAGUUUAUAGUUUUUUGCGGGUAGUAGGAUAUAUUUAAUAUCCCGGAUAGCGACCGCACACAAGGUGUUAAAACCCGCCAUAGUGGCACACGUGUGUCGCGUUCCGGGAUCAGCCUGUGUAUAUCCGGUUCCAACAGGCAUAAUUGUGUCGACUGAGGGGUAAUCGUCUCUCGUCAGUCGACAUUCUAUUGGACCCCACUCCUUACCAUCAGGCGCAGUGGGUCCACUUUGUGGUGCACGUAUAAAAAAGACAAAUAGAAUAAAGAUUGACAGGCUCUUAGUUAUUUUGAUUGGUUUAGUUUUACCAUUAACGCUUGGUUAGCGGUUUGGAUAGUUAAUUGUAAUCAGCCGUAAAGCGGUAUGUUUGAAAUAUUAUCUUGUAUAGAUAUUAGGCAUUGGAAAACAGUGAUUUUUUCUGAUUUUGAACCUAUUUUAGUAUAUCGAAAUAAUGUCGCUUAGAUCAAUAAACUUUUUAACUGUUAAAAGUUAUAUAAACGUUGAAUAAAUAAAUAUCACAUACUAAUGUUAAUGUUGUGGGGGGUCAUGCCCCCCGAAAUGUUCUGGAUCUGUGCCUGAUUUGCGUACCUUUUGAAAAUGUAUUUUUGAAAAUAAAAUGUAUUAAUAUUUUA